GUAUUUAGUAAAUUUUUGGUUCUUAUUAGUUAUUUUUAUUUAUUUUAUUUUUUUAAAUAUAAAAUGCUGUCAAAUCUAUAAAGAUGUCAAGCGUGUUUUAGUCAUUCAGUGUUUUUUCCCGCCAUCUAGUGUUUAUGAAGCGUAUUGCAGUCGAAACUUUUUUGACAAUCAUUCAUACACGCAAAUUACUAGCUGAUAUUUUGGCCAUUAUUUGUUAUAUACUACUUUGUUUGUGAGAAGGAAAACUUUCAUGCUGGAAAUGUAGUUUUAUAUCAUCCUCUCUUGGCUGAAACUUUCACUGGUUUCCUAGCAACCGCUGCAGACGCGCGCACUGGUCUGACAACAAACCUCAGCAGAUAGUUCUGGAGAAUGGAGAAUUAUGAGAAUUGUGCCAGAAGAAUUCAGGCCUUCUGGAGAUGUUUUAGGGACAGACGGCUCUUCAGACUCAUGAUGAACACCGUGCGCUCAGCUGAACAGUGUCUGGCAUCAGCAGUUCUGCGUCAGCUCAGUCCCAGAGAAGCUGAACUGCUGAAAGACCCCAGUCUGAAGUGCAAGAUCAGAUUCAGGUUUGCAGGUCCUCGUUUCCACCUUCACUUGUCUUCAAGAUUUUCCACAUUGGAGGAGGAGGACACUAUCUGUCUGGCAAAAAAGUCUUUUCUCCCUCCAACCAGGCCACAGCAGACACUUGCAGAAUGAUGGGAAACAGAGCAUUUAUGGAUCUCAUUUUAAUGGAUGAGUUUCACAGAGCCGCUGUUGAACUGCAAGAUGUGAUUUGCAUGAGAGACUAUAUGCAGUAUUCCAGCCACCUGGAUGAGCUUCCAGCAUGUGUAGGAGGAAGGGAGAACGGAUGGAGGUUCCUGUCUCUGAAGGUGCUGUCCCGGGACGUCAUGCUCAGAGAGGGUGUGAAGCCAGGAACAAGAGGCAGGUUGAAGACGGUUCUGCCGUUUAGACAUCUCGCCCGCUCUCAUUUUGCUGGACAGCAGCUCUCACACAGAGGUUCCCAGGUCUCUACACGACAAUCUGCCCGUGCUCAAAACACCGCGGCUCGCAAGAGACGCGUCUACAGCCUGAGUGAGGCUCAAAGAUUCCAGAUAUUAGAUGAACAGAAGCACAUUAACACCCACGACAUGAAGAAACAGAAUGAGACGACUGAGAAACUGGACAUCACGAUAGUUCUGCCAUCAGUUGAGACGGAAGACUACAACUCAUCCGAGUCUGAAUGGGAGGAAGAGGCUGAGAAACUGUGCAGCUGGUCAAAACAACUGAACAUAGAUGCUUUAGAAACACCUACAUUCAUUUAGAUGGAGAAAUAACAUGUUACGCUAGUAGAUGCACUGAUUUAGGUUUCAUUUUUAGUAAAUACUACAACCUAGUGCAUUAUUCUGAGGUGCUUUCAAUGAAAAUUAAUGUUACCUGUGCAACUGGUCAAAACUGGAUAUCGAUGCUGUUGAAACAUGAGUUCAUGUGAAUGGAGAAACAAUGUUUUAUAGUUGUAGAGGUCCGGAUUAAUGUCAACAUAUGGUGACAUUUGAACAUUUGGGCUCUUGCUUUAUCCCACUUCUCAUGCAUGCACUCUCUAAAGACAUCCAUUCCAGAGACUGAACUUUAAUUCUCAUGAAAAAUAUACACCACAUGCCAAUGCAUUGCAUCCAAGCAUAUGAUCAGAAGAUGUAUUGCAUCAUUCAAACCUUACACACAAAUGUUUAUGUGUGUUGCCUUAAUUUACAGACUCUAAUCUUGUCGCAGUCAUUUGCAAAUUAAAGGAACACGUCCGUCCAUCCAUAAUCUGUUUAUAUUUAGUGUCAUAUUCGUAAGUCUUUCUGCCUCCAUAUUUAUCUGUUUGCAUGCAUGCACACCUGUAUGAAUGCAUGAAACAAGAAAACUAGUAAACAUGAAACAAAAAUCCUCAUGCAAGGAAAUAAUAAAAUAAUUAACUUUUUUUUUUUUUUUACUUAAUAUGGGAUAAAACUAAAAAAUGUCAAUUUUUCAGUUGUGAUAAUGUAUUAAAUGAACUACUGUGAUGCUCAUGUUAAAUUUUUUGAGAGUUUAAUACUUUAUCUAAUACUUUGUGUGCAUGAAAACAUAGAAUGACCCAACCAGUGGGCACUUUUAAGGGUUAAAACAAUGAAAACAUACAUCUUUAAUGUUAAUACUUCAGUAAAUGCAGUUGCAAUAAGAAAUUUGUUCAACAACUCACUCACUUUGUAAUUCUAAAUGUUAAUUUAAAAUAAUCUCACUAAAUAUCUGGGAUUAGAGAAUGGAAAAAAUGUCUGAAAAUCAAAAAAACACCUGGGAUAUUUCAUAAUAUUGCCAGUCUCUUGGUUUUGAUAUUGUGAAAGCUGAACUGAUAUGAUUUCCAUCUUUAAAAUUUGUACAAUCUCAUAUAUUUAGACCUGUGAUGUGGGCAUGAAAAGUGCUGUGCAUGGGAUGACCCAACAAGUGGGGACUUUUAAGGGGGGGAAAAAAAACAAUCAAAACAUACAUCUUUAAUGUUAAUGCUUCAGUAAAUAAGGUUUAAAAGGUGAGAAGAAAAAAAAAAGAUGCUUAUGCAGUUGGAAUUUCUAAUUAGAAAAUACACCAUGCAUGCAUGCAUGCUCAAAAAACAAUUAAAAAUGAAACAAAAACCUCUUGCAAGGACAAAAAAAGUAUUAUAUUUAAAAUAAUAUGUGACCUGGACUACAAAACCAGUUUUAAGUCACACAGGUAUAUUUGUAGCAAUAGUCCACAAUACAUUGUAUGGGUCAAAAUGAUUGAUUUUUCUUUUAUGCCAAAAAUCAUUAGGAUAUUAAGUAAAAUAUCACGUUCCACAAAGAUAUUUUGUAAAUUUCCUUCCGUAAAUAUAUCAAAACUUAAUUUUUGAUUAGUAAUAUGCAUUGCUAAGAACUUCAUGAGGACAACUUUAAAGGUGAUUUUCUCAAUAUUUUUUUUUUUUUUUUUUGCACCCUCAGAUUCCAGAUUUUCAAAUAGUUGUAUCUCGGCCAAAAAUGUCUUAUCAUAACAAACCAUACAUCAAUGGAAAGCUUGUUUAUUCAGCUUUCAGAUGAUGUAGCCUAUAAAUCUCAAUUUCACAAAACUGACCCUUAUGACUGGUUU